AUCUAUUGUUCUAUUUUGCUAUUAAAAAAAAAUAUACCAUUAAUCUAAAACGCUUUUGUAACAAAAAUGAACAUUUGUUAUAAGCCAUGUUUUGCUACACCAUCACCAGCUCUAAAAUAUCGUCCCCUAUCCAUGCUAAUGCUGGAUUGUUGGCAACGUGAAUAUGACAAGAUACCAUAUCGUCAUUUCAAAUUUGAAGUUUUGAAUUUCGAAAACCGUUAUCAAAGACCAUAUGAUCCCGUGCAAGAUUUGUCCAUUAUAAUAAAAUUUAUUAAGACACGAAGUUUGAUAAGCGUUAAGCUGGUGGGAAUACAAAUUCUGCCCAAUAAUAAUAAUGAACUGCUUGACACUUUCAUUGAAUCCUUGAAAAAUCUUAGACACAUUGAAUUAACUAUGAUGCAAUUGCCCCUAGAGUUUUUCGAGCUACUCGUAUGCAAUGUGGAGAAAAUGAAGAUAAAGGAACUUAAUUUGCAAGGAACUUUUCUUACCGACGAGGACAUUUCAUGCCUGCGUUCUUUUCUCAUCAAAUCGAGAACUAUACAAUACUUAAAUGUGUCCUCUUGCGACUUAAACCAGUUUAAUUUUGCCAUUUUAGCUGAUGGUAUUUAUAAGUCAUCUUCCUUGAUGGCCUUCAAUGCCAAUCGUUUGUUGGGCAAAGAUUUAAGUUUGGAUUCUGAGAAAAUAGUUCACACUUUGGCAUCUCUGUUGUGGCAAAAUAAAUUGCAAAAAAUUGAAAUGGAGAAAUGCGAGUUCAUGGCUCAUGACAUGGAGAUAUUAGCGGAAUAUCUUUGCAAUGCCUCUUCCAGUUUGUUACAUCUCAAUGUGGCCUACAACAAAAUCGGUCCAGAUGGCGCUUAUCAUCUGUUAAAGGCCAUCGCAUUAUCAGGAACUUUGAAAUAUUUAAAUAUGAAUGGCUGUGGCCUGGGAUCUCAUGGUGCACAGCAUAUAGCAAAAUAUUUAAGUUCUUGCGCUCGCUUAGAAUCUUUGCUGCUACAAUUCAAUCAUAUGGAGUCCGAAGAUGUUUCCAUGAUUCUACUGACCAUCAAAAAGCCAAUAAAACUGAAUGAACUGGCUUUAUGGGGUAAUAAAUACAAUACCAGAACUGGAAGUAUUUUGAGGCGUCUUAUAGAAUCUCAAGUUUUACCACAAGAUGCUAUAGAUAUUACCUAUACGUCCGAUGAUACCAUACCAGGUUGGAGGGUAAUACCGUGGAGAAAUUAAAUGAUGAGAUGGAUGACUAUAUUUCAGCUUUAAAAGGCUGUCAUGUUGUUAUUCCAAAAUAAAAAAUAAAAAUUAAA